CCCCCUAACCCAAAAAUUCCAAAGCAUAAUUCUAGCAUCCAAACACCAAUAUAGCUCCUCCACGGAUUUGCCAACUCGGACUCGCUAACACACAACUUCACAAAUCACAUACCACCAAAAAAAUCGUUGCUAAUAACUUAUAACUUCCCUUUAUUCCUUCUCUGUCUCUCUGUCUCUCCCCUGUCUCUCCUGGACCAACUUUCUCCUCCGCACCGGAAAAACCCGAUUCCGGUGGCGGGAAAGACAAUUCGACCGUUGGGCUCAACUGGCUUUUUUAGUCGAGUCUUUUUGGUGUCUUGUUGUGAUUAUGAUGUCGGUGGCGUCUCCGCGAAAGUCAAUAACAGAGAAGGUGUUUGAGAGGGUUGGGGGAUAUUCAUACCUGAGCUACCUCAAGAACAACAGCGGCCACCUCAAGAACAACAGUAGCAGUCACAGUCUGAGGUUUGACGAUGAAAGUGACGACGAUUACUACGAGGAUGGGACUAUGGAGCUGGUGCAGAUUGGAGCUGAGAGGACCAAGAACGUCUUGAUUCUCAUGAGUGACACAGGUGGUGGCCACCGGGCUUCUGCCGAGGCCAUACGCGAUGCCUUUCGUAUGGAGUUUGGCGAUGAAUACAGAAUAUUUGUGAAGGAUGUUUGGAAAGAGUACACCGGUUGGCCGCUAAAUGACAUGGAGAGGUCAUACAAAUUCAUGGUGAAACAUGUGCAACUGUGGAAGGUCGCAUUUCACAGCACCUCUCCUCGAUGGAUACACAGUGUCUAUCUUGCUGCUAUUGCAGCCUACUAUGCCAAGGAGGUGGAGGCUGGUCUCAUGGAGUACAAGCCAGAUAUUAUAAUCAGUGUACAUCCUUUGAUGCAACAUAUUCCUCUGUGGGUUCUCAAAUGGCAAGGCCUUCAGAAGAAAGUGAUUUUUGUGACAGUUAUCACAGAUCUCAACACCUGCCAUCCUACAUGGUUUCAUCCUGGGGUGAAUAGGUGCUACUGCCCAUCACAGGAGGUAGCUAAAAGGGCUUUAUUAGAUGGUCUUGAAGAUUCUCAAAUACGUGUUUUUGGCUUGCCGAUCCGGCCCACGUUUGCCCGUGCAGUUCUCUCCAAGGAUCAACUCAGAGAAGAACUUGAAAUGGACCCUGACUUGCCUGCGGUUUUGCUGAUGGGAGGUGGUGAAGGAAUGGGACCAGUAAAGGAAACUGGAAGGGCUCUGGGAGAAACACUCUUUGAUAAGGAACUUGGAAAACCAAUUGGGCAGUUGAUCAUCAUAUGUGGGCGUAAUAAAAACCUCGCCUCUACACUCCAGACCGAUGAAUGGAAGAUUCCAGUAAAGGUUAGAGGGUUUGAGACCCAAAUGGAAAAAUGGAUGGGAGCUUGUGAUUGCAUCAUAACAAAGGCUGGACCUGGCACAAUAGCAGAGGCAUUGAUCAGGGGGCUUCCUAUCAUCCUCAAUGACUACAUUCCAGGACAAGAAAAGGGCAAUGUGCCUUAUGUGGUAGACAAUGGGGCUGGUGUGUUCACCAGAAGUUCCAAGGAAACAGCCAGGAUUGUGGCUGAAUGGUUCAGCACCAAAACAGAUGAACUCAAAAUGAUGUCUGAGAAUGCACUUAAACUGGCACAACCCGAGGCUGUUUUCGACAUUGUUAAGGACAUCCAUGAUCUUGCCUGCCAACGAGGUCCUCUUGCAAACAUCCCUUACAUGCUGACAUCGUCGUUUACAAGUUUAAUCUAAAUGAAUAACGUACCUCUGUCUUCCUCUAUUAAUUACUGGGGUUUUCCCACUAGAAUGCCAUGUACAGGUUCGAAAUAGUUCUAAUAUUUAUCAUUCUUUGGCCUCAGAGGCUUGUAGCCCGCAAAUGGUUGUAAAUUAUUGUAGACAAGCUCUGGUGUUUCGAAGGUUUGUUUUUGUUUUGUUUUAGAAUAUUGAAAGUAGAUAUCCAUAGGAUGACCAUGCCAAAGUUGACGACGUUGUAAAUUCUCAAGUUGCAAUGUUAUGAUUUUUCUUUUGCUUCAAGGCAAA